CUGAAGGCUGCGGGGGCGCAAAGGCGUGCAGCCCCCCGGGGGGGCGGUGCCGGGCCCCCUAACGCGCGUGGCCUCCCGCAAGGAGGAGGAGGAGAAUCGCGAGCCAGGGGAGGGCGGGCACGCGGGGGAGGCGCGCUCGGGAGCCGCAGUGACGGCAGAGGUGCAGCCGCCCCGCGCAGCCCCCUCCCCUCCCUCCCCUCCUGCUCCUCCUCCUCCCGGCUCGGCGGCGCAGAGCAGCGGCGGCAGCGGCGGCGGCAGCAGCCACCCGAUGUCCGCGCCCGACAAGCAGCAGCCGCCGCACGGCGGGGGCACAGGAGGAGGCGGCGGCGCGGGCGGCCAGGCCAUGGACCCCGCGGCGGCGGGCCCCACCAAGGCCAAGAAGACCAACGCCGGCGUGCGGCGGCCGGAGAAGCCGCCCUACUCGUACAUCGCACUCAUCGUCAUGGCCAUCCAGAGCUCGCCCAGCAAGCGCCUGACGCUCAGCGAGAUCUACCAGUUCCUGCAGGCGCGUUUCCCAUUCUUCCGAGGCGCCUACCAGGGCUGGAAGAAUUCGGUGCGCCACAACCUGUCACUCAACGAGUGCUUCAUCAAGCUGCCCAAGGGCCUCGGGCGGCCGGGCAAGGGCCACUACUGGACCAUCGACCCAGCCAGCGAGUUCAUGUUCGAGGAGGGCUCGUUCCGCCGGCGGCCGCGCGGCUUCCGAAGGAAAUGCCAGGCGCUCAAGCCUGUGUACAGUAUGGUGAACGGGCUGGGCUUCAACCACCUCCCCGACACCUACGGCUUCCAGGGCUCCGGAGGCCUCUCCUGUGCUCCCAACAGCCUGGCGCUGGAGGGCGGCUUGGGCAUGAUGAAUGGCCACUUGGCGGGCAACGUGGACGGCAUGGCUUUGCCCAGCCACUCGGUGCCACACCUGCCCUCCAACGGCGGCCACUCGUACAUGGGCGGCUGCGGUGGCUCUGCGGCCGGAGAAUACCCGCACCACGACAGCUCGGUGCCCGCUUCCCCGCUGCUGCCGGCCGGCGCCGGCGGGGUCAUGGAGCCGCACGCUGUCUACUCCAGCUCGGCAGCAGCCUGGCCGCCCUCGGCCUCCGCAGCUCUCAACAGCGGGACCUCCUACAUCAAGCAACAGCCUCUAUCCCCUUGUAACCCAGCGGCCAACCCCCUGUCGGGCAGCCUCUCCACGCACUCCCUGGACCAGCCGUACCUGCACCAAAACAGUCACAACGGGCCGGCGGAACUGCAAGGCAUCCCUCGGUAUCACUCACAGUCACCCAGCAUGUGUGACCGAAAGGAGUUUGUCUUCUCCUUCAAUGCCAUGGCGUCGUCUUCCAUGCACUCAACCGGUGGAGGCUCCUACUACCACCAACAGGUCACCUACCAAGACAUCAAGCCGUGUGUGAUGUGAAGCUGAGGCCGUGGGCCCUCCAGCCCAGCCUGGCCGGCCCAGGGACCAGGAGCCCACCACUACAAACUGCUUUACUCUGGAGGUAUAACCGUCAGCAAGAGAAAAGGGCCUGUCCCCUUCCCUAACGGAUUAUUUGGAAAGAAAACCCCAACACAGACCUGGCGCUGUGGUCGGCGACUCCACCCCCCCACUCCCUCACUAAUUUCUAAAACACAGUGGCCAGUGGGGCCAGAUCGGACUGCCGCUGUCAGUAAAUAAAUACUUAUUUUCAGCCCCAUUGAAAGCAGCCACGAAGGUGCUGUGUCGGGGGUCUCCAGCCAGCUACAUGGGAAGAAUUCUGCCGAGGUCUCUCCACCCCUCCCACACCAAGGGACAGUUUUUAGAAGCACGACCGUGUGAGACCAAUCAUUAUCAAAUACUUUUAUUUUUGAUUGAGUAUUUAUCUUUUAAUUUUUAACUUUUUUUGAAAGACUGUCUUGAAAUGCACAGUUCUCCCCUCAGCCAUCUUCCCCCCCCCUCCUCCUUGGGAGAAGGAAAGGACCAGGCGUGGCAUACCCCUCUCCCAACCUGGGGUCUCCUCCAGCAGUCACAGGUGGAUCUUCAUGGGGAUGACGCGGAUACCCGGAGCCACGGUUUGACUUUUAAAAAAGGAAACGGGCUGAGAAGCUGCCCCAGCCUCCGUCCCUUCCAUUUUCUUCUUCCUCCAGCGUCUUUCACUUGGUUUGGAGUUACGAUUCGACCUCUUCGGUGGGUGUCUUUCUGUUUCCCAGUCUCUACUGUAACUCUGAAAGGAAACAAACACAAGUGGAGGAGGUUUGCUCGGUCAGGUGGUGUAGUCCAGGCUCUCUGACACCGUAGACAGGCUCAGCCUGUUAUUUAUUCCGCUUUCUUUUCCUAAUCAAAACACCACGUAGCUCUGCCCUCUCAGUAUUAAUGGUGUGACUUCGUUGGCAAUAUUUGCCGUGUAGAGUUUUUUUUUUUAUUUGAUGCCCAUUGUAAAUUUGAAACAAAGACCAAUCCGUGUAAAAACAAAUUUCCAUAUGUUUUAUAUAAAUAUAUAUAAAAUGAAGGACUGUCCCCCUUUUUAGUAUUUUGGCCGCAGAGGUGCGGCAUCCGUGACACAUUUUAAACCUCCUGCACUGUAUAAAAGGACAAUCCGAGGGUAUGCUUUUUGUGUAUUUUUUUUCCUACAAAAAGAACAAAAAUAAAAAUGUGUAACAUUUGUA